AUGGAGGCAUACCAGCAACGCCCACAAGGCUACUAUGGCUACGCCCAAGCCCCCAUCUUCGCCCAGCCUCAGCAUUAUCAACUCCCCUACGAUAUGCAGCAGCAGUUCCAAACAAUACAGCCAACACACCCAAUGGCAUUCCACCCUCCGCCUCCGCUUUACAACAUGAACCAGCAGGCGUCGGGCUCCCACCACUCGACACCGCCCGUCGAUCUCAAUGGGCACUCGCCAGAAGGAUUUGACGCGCAGGGGCAGGCGGGACAGAUGGGCAAGUGGAAGUCGGAAAAGGAAAAGGAAAAGGAGGGGCCGGUCAAGAAUGCUUGUCUGAGUUGUCGGAGCAAGAAGGCCAAGUGUGAUGGAGUCCAGCCGAUCUGCGGACAGUGCGAGAAGAAAUCUCUCGAAUGCGUGUUUGUCAAGAGCAGGCGAGGCGGCGCGAGGAAGAAGAAAGAUACGCUUCCUCCUUCCGCUCUCCAGGAAUUCUUGAAAAAGCUCGAUGGGCUUCUCGGGCUGCAGGAACCUCUGCCAGAUGUUGAGGCGGUCGAGCCGAGUGAGGAUAUGACGGAUAUCGUGCGCGAGUUUACUAGUCGAGAAGAAAUACUUUCCUGCUAUUACAAUGAAGUUCACCCAUUCCUCCCUGUCAUGCCGCAACGUCACCACAGCAAAGACGUCCUCCUUGCCCUUCUCGCCGAAUCACCGUUCCUACUCGCCGCCCAGACUAUCCUCGUCCUCGUCCCCCACCCCAUGGACCAAAAUGCCAAUUCCGCCAAUUCCAAGCGACUCCGGGUCGCAAUGUCCAACUACCUCGGCUCGCAGACCAUGCAACUGGUCGAUCGCCUGAUCGCUGCGCCUGAGCCCACCUCGCUUGAGUGUGUUCAAGCACUCACCAUGCUAUCCCUAUGGGAAUGGGGAAACGCUGGAAACCUCAGCAAGAACCGCGCUCGCGCAGGUCAGGCCAUCCAAGUCGCAAUGGACAUUGGUCUGCACGAGAUGGAUCGGUUCUCUGAGGGACGCUCGGUCGAGGGUGAUUGGCGGGCAGACAUGGCGCGGCGGACAUGGUGGACGACCUAUGUCGCCCAGCUCACCGCGGCCAUCAUCUCGGGCAACAUUCCGGUUCUCGGUCCGGACGAUCCUCGCGUCCGCGUCGACUUCCCCGUCUGCUCCCUUCCCGAUAAUGCCUGGCCCAAUUGGGUCAAUGCCAACCGGCAAUGCGUGCGGGUUUUCAACCUCGUCAAUUCCGUCUACUAUGCGCAGGCGUCUUCUCAGACAUGGGGAGCCUCGACGGAGGCUGGCUCGCCAGAGGAGCAUGAAGAUAUGACGAGGCGGAUGAUUGAGGUGGAUCGGGAGGUGAUGGAUAUGAUGAAGCAGGCCGAGGCGAUGGCCGUCAUUGAGCUGGUGCCAGGCGGAGAAGAGGAGGUGGUCCGCAACCAACAGCUCUCGGCUCGGCUCGGUCUCGCCGUCGUUCACAUUCACAUCCACCGACAACAGGCGUUCCCAGAGGUCAGCUUGUUCUCCAAGCGGAUCUGCGGUCUCCCUCAAGCGCCAGACUACUCGGAGCAAAUCCCCCUAUUGGACGACGUCGCCGUGCCCCAGGCACUGGCAAACGGCGACCCAUACUCGGAAACCCCUCAAUACCAGGCGAUGAACCAGACAAUUCCCAUGCCCCCACAGCCCGGACUCUUCCAGACCGAGGAUCGGAACGACAUCGUCUCGGAGAUGUGGCAGCCAGAGACGUACCCGGAAGACCUGCCUGCUCCGUGGUUUGUCAACGCGGGCGGAGCGGCCAACCUCUAUGCCCCGACCCACAAUCAGCCACGGCACGUCGAGGCCAGCAUCGUCCCUAUCGUAUCGCCCCGCGCCCGUCGGCUCUCCACGCCAUCCGUCAGCGCCUCCCUCAGCCAGAAACCGCACAAGGCCUGGGGUGUGGACGCGAACGACAACAUUACGGAGCCGGAACGACCUAUCGGCGGACCUCUUCACAUCUUCCCUCCCGGCAUAUCACUAGCGCGAUGCGCUACCGCCGCCCACACUAUCGUCCGGCUCGAGGUCCUCCAUCGCUCGGCGACUAUCGCAAUGUGGAAGGGUCCGCCCAAGUGGCUUCCCUUCUGCGCGUGCGGUCUGGUCACUGGCGCGUACGCGUUCCUGCUUUUGGCGUUGGCGGUGCAGGCGGAGAAUACGUUUGGGCAGAGUAACGAGGGCAAGGCAGAGGAGGUCGAGGCGUUGUUGACGAAUGUCAAGGUGAUUCUUGCGGGGUUGGAGGCAUAUGGGACUAUGUGGGGCGGGAUUGAAGUUAUGGCUGGUGAGGUCAGGGCAGCUCUGGAAGCAGCCGCGAGACUACCGUACGAGGUCCGCUCGCAGGUCGAGAGUGCGGGCUCGGCGUCCCCAACGGAUAUGGCCAUGGGCGUGGCGCAGCACAGCUCGUCAGAGAGUAUCGAGCAGCAGCGAUACCCGCAAUAG